GGGAGUCAGCAGCGUGGUGCAGAGAUGUGUCCACAAGAGGACAGACAUGGAAUACGCGGUCAAGAUCAUCGAGGUGACCGACGAGAGCAUGAGCUCAGCCCAACUGGACGAGGUCCGCAGAUCCACCCAGAAGGAGAUCGAGAUCUUGCGGCUGGUCACCGGACAUCCAAGCAUCAUCACUCUCAUUGACUAUUACACCUCUGAGACCGUCACCUUCCUCGUGUUUGAUCUGAUGAAGCGAGGGGAGCUGUUUGACUACCUCACUCACAAAGUAGUCCUGAGCGAGAAGGAAACCAGGAACAUGAUGAGGGCGCUCCUACAGGCCAUUGACUACCUCCACAACCGAAACAUUGUUCACCGGGACGUGAAGACCGAGAACAUCCUGCUGGACGAACACACCAACAUCCGACUCUCCGACUUUGGCUUUGCCUGUCACCUCGGGCCCGGAGAGAAGCUCCGAGAGCUCUGCGGGACCCCAGGAUACCUGGCUCCUGAGCUCCUCACCUGCUCCAUGGACGAGACGCACCCGGGUUACGGCAAAGAGGUGGACAUUUGGUCUGCUGGAGUUGUCAUGUAUACCAUGCUGGCUGGCUCCCCACCCUUCUGGCACCGGAAGCAGAUGGUGAUGCUGCACAUGAUCAUGGAGGGGAAGUACCAGAUGACCUCGAACGAAUGGCAGGAUCGGUCGGACACCGUCAAAGACCUGAUUGGGAAGAUGCUGACAGUGGACCCCACCAAGAGAAUCACUGCUGAAGAAGCCCUGAGCCACCCCUUCUUCCAGAGUUACAUUCCCGAAGUUCGCCACUUCAGCCCCCUCCGAAUGUUCCGGGUAGGUGCCAGGCCAACGUAAGGGGGAGCCAGUGUCUUCACAGUGGGUAC